CGCGCUCCAAUGAGAAAAGUUUACUUGUUCUGUCUCGGUCCAGUCUCCCAGCUGAGGGCAUUGAUGUGAGCGCACAGGCUUUCUGUUUAACGCGCACUUCUUUCCCCCCAUCUUUCACCCUCACACACGGAGCACCAUAUUCCACCUUCUUCACCUUUAGUUUAGCGCUUGUUGCCUUUCUUUUCCUCCCUUUUUCUCCCCUUUCAUGAAUGAUUCUCUCGCGCAAUCCUACUGCUAAAAACUCCUCGGAUACCUCUGCGUCCGCGUUUGCACCACCUCACCUCGGCACAUCUUGUCUCCUCAAGUUCAAGCGCCACCAGGACUUUCACUGCAGCUUCAGACGCACUUGGGGGAAAUAUCAGUCGAAGAGGAAAAACUUGAUACUUUGUGCAGCAGCAGCGGCUGAAACGACCGUCAACAUGAGUCUCAAACCGGACGCAGAACCCAAUAACAACGUCUCCAUCGAAGAGGAGGUACGAACACUGUUUGUCAGUGGCCUACCAGUUGAUAUUAAACCACGAGAACUGUACCUGCUUUUCAGACCUUUUAAGGGUUAUGAAGGGUCACUGAUUAAGUUAACAUCAAAACAGCCUGUCGGGUUUGUAACCUUUGACAGUCGUUCUGGAGCUGAAGCUGCGAAAAAUGCAUUAAAUGGUAUCCGUUUUGACCCCGAAAGCCCCCAGACCCUGCGCUUAGAGUUUGCUAAAGCCAACACGAAGAUGGCAAAGAGUAAGCUGAUGGCCACACCGAACCCCACAAAUAUCCACCCCGCUCUAGGAGCACACUUCAUUGCACGGGACCCAUAUGACCUGACAGGGGCAGCACUGAUCCCAGCAUCCCCGGAUGCAUGGACCCCUUACCCCCUGUACACCACAGAGCUAACCCCAGGCCUCCCCCACGCCGCCUUCACUUAUCCCGCGGCUGCUGCCGCUGCCGCCGCCCUCCACGCCCAGGUGAGGGACCAACCGAUGCGCUGGUACCCUACUCCCUCUGAGACUUCCCAGCCUGGAUGGAAGUCCCGGCAGUUUUGUUAGAUAUUUAGUCUCUGGAAACCACACCUUUGUCCAGAUGAAGUGAGGUUUGCCAAGCUCUUCAUUAAUUUAAUCAGGUUUAUUUAAUGGACAAAUGUGCAUUAUUAUAAACAGUAUUUAUAUCCCCCCCCGAUUGUCGUUUGGGGGGAGUCUGAGUUGAAACCACCUUGCUGUCGACAAUCUCAAGCUUAUCCUUGGCAACUAUUGCGGUACCAUCUUGGCACUUCCAAAACCUCAUGCAAGCCUAAACUCAAACUCCAUGGAUCAUAAUUGCUGAGGGAAAUUGAUGCAUCGAAUUUACCGUUGUUAAGCUAGUUCCUCCAUGGGUUUCCUACCGCAGCUCCUGGGAGGUUUAGAAGCGUUAAGAGUCAUUGCAUGUUCAAGUCUUUUUGGCAUGAAUUUAGAACGCAGAGUUCUGUGUAUCCUAAUUUUCUUAGUGUUUGUGUUGCCUCUUUACCUUGGCCUAGACAGCAAAAUGUUUUGUUUUCCUGUAGAACCUUGGUCUUACCUCUGUGAAAGCUAGGCUGUUGUACAAAUGGCUUAUCUCGCAUGGACUUUGUGAAUGCAUCCCUACGUUCUGACAAUCCCAGUCCUUAUGAUCAUAUCAAUGUCUGUCAUUAUUUGAGCAAAAGAAAGUACAAAUAUUUUUGUACUUUUUGCGUAAUGUAUAUUUAUGCAUUUUUGUGCAACUAAAUAAUGAACCUGUAUAAGUUGGAUGUUUAGUCGUCUCUUGUGUUUUGGUGUUAUUUUUGAUCCUAUAAUCCUGUUGAAGUAGUUUUAAAAAGAAAAGUGCAAUUUGUUUAAAGGGGAAGUUGGGAUCUGUCAAAAAUGGAAGUACUCAGAACGUGGCUUGUGCCAUUCUGCUAAAAUGAGAUUGCUGUAAAACGAUCUUUCAGAAUGUGAAACUGGACUACAAAUGUAAAGGGUUGUUUUUUUGGGGGGUGGGGGGGCAUUUUGAAAUGGGAAGCAGGAUUAGAUCGAUGGAGGAAUUUAGUUUGUGGUUUAGAAAAUGUUUGUCUUUGUAUCUGCUGUGCAUAAGAUGUAAAAAAAUAUUCCCAUCUUAUGAAUAAAAGAAGUGAAUGCAUU